AUGGCUAACAUCUUCUUUCGUUAUGGAGACGCCAGGAAUCUUACAUUUGCUCUAGGGCCUGGCACCAUUCUUGGCUGGCCUGAGAAAUUUCACAUUUUCCAUCCGCUCCGUAUGUUUGGCAAAGCUCCUGAUAUACUCUGCAGUCAUGCAAGAUUUAACAAGGAACCAAUAAACUGGCUUUUUCCACGAAAAACCAGCAAGUACGUUACAAUUCUUAGAAACCCUGAAGACAACUACGAGUCUGUUUUCAACUUUGCUCAGCUGGGAAAAUCGUUUGGUUUGGGAGUUGCGCUCGAUUCCUUGGAAAAAUUUCUAGAUAAACCAAUACAAUCUUAUAACCAUUCUCGUAAGGAUAUGAUGAUGUAUUUGGCACGAAAUCCCAUGAUGUUUGAUUUGGGAUUUAGUUUUGAGUAUUUCCAAAAUCUCACAGCCGUUAAAGAGUACAUUCAGUUCCUAGACAAGGAAUUUGAUCUUGUCAUGAUUAUGGACUACUUUGAUGAGUCACUGCUGUUAAUGAAGAGAUUGCUAUGUUGGGACAUAGAGGACAUUUUGUACGUAAAGCUCAAUGAGCGACAAGACAAGGAAAAAGCUACUCGUUUAAGUGCAAGAGUUAAAGAAAAUAUAAGGCGAUGGAAUAAAGCAGACGUUUUGUUAUUCGAUUAUUUUAACGCGACGUUUUGGAGAAGAGUCAAGAAAGAAGGACCAAACUUCUAUGAGGAACUGAGUACUUUUCGUAAGAGAAAACAGGAAAUACAGCAAUCAUGCUUGAUCAAUGGUACUCGAAUCCAAAGAGCUUAUCAUAACAAAUUUGUAAAGGGCUAUUCAGUUAGAAAUGAUCUUGAUGAAAAUUCAAAGCGCCUCUGUGAAAACUUAGUCAGAACGGAGAAUGAUUUCCUCGCAUAUCUGAGGAGAAAACGUAUGGCGAAACUAAGAGAAACUGGGAUUGACAAGCUUAACAAAAUUAAAAACGAAAGUGGAUGGCAAGUGGCAAAGGAUUUGCGAUAUGUUCCUGUUCGAGCUCGUCGAAUAAUGCGUAAAAGUUUUACUUCACCUUAAAACCAUUGUUGUCAAAGCACAGUACGGGGCAGAAAAAUGGAUUCACAGAGCUCACAUUCUCAUGCUGGUGCCCAUACAAGAAACGCAAUCAUAAUACAAUUCUAUGCUCUCUCAUUGUUUAUUUUAAGUGACAUUAAUUGUUAAUUCCCAAUCCCCACACCGUUGACACAUAGCUCGGUCAACCAACCAGUUUUGCUCCUGUAUAUUAAGCCAGUUAGGGAAACAAGUGAUCAAUAAGUCCAUAGCGUCUUUAUAACUGCAACGCCUGUAGCACUGCCUUCAGUCAAGGAAUGGGAAUCUGUGAAAAUAAGAAAAAGACUUAGCGGUAUGUGUUAGGUAUCAGCACCUACUAGCAGUUGAUUGAAGUAUAUUAUUGCUGCAAAUAAUAAAAAGAGAAAAUGCUGAACAGCCUCUGUCGGUGCGUCUUCAUUCAUGCUAGUGAACCAAUUACCUCUUAAACUCAUCACGGUAAGCAAGUGCAGUUGUAUGGCAUGUGAUCCUAGUUUGCAGAUUACGCUCAAUAUAAUGCAAGAGUCGAGUAUGAAAACAGACCCUUACCUAAGCUAUGCAUUUUUUUCAGUAGUCCAAGGAUGUCCUCUUUUAAAAUUCUACAGCUGUAGGUAGCCAAACGUUCUAAACCAGAGAAGGGUACCCAGCAAUUGAUAUCUUUACAAAAACUGAGAUUUCAUAGUCACCCAAGAGCAACAGUAAGGCACCAGCGGGCCUCACCCCGCCCCCCAGGUCCCCCCCCCCCCGUGAGCUACUAGAGUAGUGCGUUAAGUACAAAGGCUUAUCACACGUCAGUAUUUUUUUUUCUUUUUUACAACAUGAGACUAGAGUAUUACAGUCUACAGUCUAUGAGAGAAGAGACCAUGGAAAUGACAUGAUGGUGCAGUUUGUUUUCCUUCCAAGAAAAUUUUGCGGGAAAUGGCAGAUGAAAAACAAACAUACAACAAUUUUCCACCAUCUAUGCUCUUAAAGACCAUAGAAAUGUUAUCAAAAUGUUAAAAAUCAUAAUUCUUAAAGACAAAAAGAAAUUUUUGUCUAUUUCUUAGAUGCCUGUUUUGAUGAAAAUUGAACAGUUAAGUGUGUUAACUAUGCCAGGAUGUUCAUUAGGUAUCAGAGACUGGAGAAUUCUGUUUACUAUGCAGAAUUCUCUGGCUAAUGUUUGGUAGCUAAUGAUUAUUUUUAUUCAGAUGUGGAGCCUCUUUCAAAGUAGUCUCUUGUAAUGUUACACCAUUAAUGAAAACCCUGCUAUGCUAUUCUGUCUUUUCCUACCCCUUGACAUUUAACUUGUAUUGGGGCUAAAUUUCUUAUUAGCCAGUGAGUAAAAUGCAAGUUUCAAGUACCACAAUCUCUCUAUAAGGCCCCCUCUUAAUAGCCCGCAUUCUAUAUAUUAACAUUCUAACAUGACUCCUAGGCUUUCUGGCCAUUGGUUUGGUUUUCUUUGUGCUCAAGUCUCUUCCCCCCUCUCUAAUCAACCCUACUCCUAACUGUCACAAUGAAAAUGACUACUAAUAAUAAAGUCGAAGCUCUCAUAAGCGACCACCUUGGAAACUCAAAAAAGGGUCAUAACUUAGUCUGAGCUGGAUGCUUAUAAGAAUGAGCUCUCGUAAACAACCGCAUGGCGAGAAAAUAGAGGCCAGUCGCUUACGAAAGCUUCACAAACUCAUUAGUAACUCAUAAAGAGAAAACAAAAGAAAUUAAUGUUAAAUGUUUGUCUUAAAAAAUCUGAUAUGGACAAGGCUUAACUUAAAGUCCAGUUUUUAGACCAAUAUAGACCCCAAGAUCUUUAUCAACAAACCAGUAGAGAAGUGUGCAGUAUCAGUUAAGUGUUGAUUGAGUUGAAUAGGACUCUGAGUGGUCGCUUACGAGAGCUUAAAAACAAAGGAAAAGUCCAGCUGGGUAAUUCCAAAAGUUGCUUAUGAAAGCUUUUCAUUACAAGGUUUUAGUCACAGUUCAGACAGCAUUUCACAAAAACGAAAAACAGAGUCUACCAUCAACUUAAGUCCGUAUUAAGAAUAUUUGGGGAGAGGCUUGAAAUCUCGUACUCGUAUUUUCGAAAGCUAAACAUUGGAGGUUUACUGAAGUAAUCAAGGUUUACUUGAGAAACUCUCGUUUAUCGUUGAUUGUAGUGAUUCUUGUUCAUCAGGCUGCAGGUAAUCUGGUGUGAUUUCUAAAGCAAGAGGAGAAAAGUACACAUCAGUAUAAAUUGAUCGGUACCAACUCAUGUAGGUGGAAAUGUUCUAGUUAAUGGUCGAUCAUUCUACGACUGUGUUUCUGAUGGCGGAGGCACCACUGGACGAGGUAAGUUUUAAAGUUAGCUUCUUAUACUGGUUGAGUUUAUUACUGAAGGAAAGUUUAAGGUAAUAAUAUUUUUUACUCACCAGAGAAAUUAUUUAUUGACUGGCUGAUGUUGCUAGGGGGCGGAUACUCUGGAAAAAGAUCUGCAAAGCAAAAAUAUAAGCGCAAUUUUUAUCGUAAACUCGUUAAGGAAAAAGCCGUUCAAGAUAAGACUUGGCCUAGAAAGGUUAAGUUCUCGUUUCAGAAUAAAAUUAUUUCAGGGACAAACAGUGGACUUAAAAUUUCCUUACCUUGUGCUCUCAGCAGCGGGAACCUGGUCACUUGGGUUCGAUGCCGCAAGAGAACAUGCAACGCACAACCAAUCUGUUCUUCCUCUGAUUACUGCCAAGCGGCUUGGUCGAUACCAGUCCCGCAGAUACGAUGCUGCCAAAAGCCGCAAUCGUCGCACUGAAGGGCUUGCUGGCGUGGUCGAACCUCAUUUCCGCUCUCGAUACAGGGAUAAAGGCUCAUUGUAUAAUUCUUUUGCGUACGCGUAACGAUCUCUUGUUUCAGCAAGAGGUUGCUAUUAUUAAUUUACCCUCUUUAUAUAUGGUUAACCGGAUCAAAAUUUAUGCGACCGGCUGAAGAAACAAGGAAUAACUGAACAAGUCGCGAUAAUUUAUGCCGCGUCUGAUCCUAAGGGGAAUGAUGCUAACACGCUUUGUUCGAGUGGUUAACAAUAAACAACAAAAACCGCUGUAAAAGUUUCAGGUUGUUUUUUACACGAUAAAUCAAACUAAGAGAACUUGAUGUAUUUUUCUAGUAUGUGUGAAAAAUUCUGAUAUCUGAAAGUGUUUCGCUUAUAAUUACUAGAAUCUGUACUGUACAAUGAGCGGCUUAGUUCAUAGCAACGAACAACGAACAACGCUGAAAUGAACAGCGAUAUUGGAGUCUUUGUUUAACUUCAUAUUUGCAUAGGUUAGCGAGUCAACAUUUUAUGAGUUUAUUCCUUGCGAUUUACUUGAGAUGUUACUUUUCUUCAAGUUUAUACACUCGAUAAAAUUGCGGGCGACAUGACAUAGGGUUUCGGGCGACAUGACUAUGUAUUUCGGGCAACAUGACUCUGGUUCCGGGCGAUAUGACUUCGGGCGAAACGACUUUCGGGCGACUUGACCGGUUACCCAUGAGCCACCAGUUGGUGUUGCAUUGAGGGACCUCAUGAGUCUUCCUGAUCUGGCUCCCCUCCAGACUGGUUCUGGUGAAACAGCAGUGUCUUCAUGUUGUCGCCCAUCUGAAGUUCCUGCCUCUUCUUCUUCAUCAUUUUCCCUAUCAGUUUCAUCUCCCGGCGUCACCAGCUUUGAUCGAUGAAGGGGAGGAAUAAGUGGCGUACGUUGGACACCUGAGUUAUAUUGAAUAGCAACACAAAUCUCAGUGCGGCCUUUGUUAUCUGCAACACAAUCACCACAAUUCACUUGCCAAUUUUACCCCACAAACGAAAGGCGCCGAGCUCGAUAAACACUUCCAAAUAUUCAACCACAGUUAACCACAGCAAAACGCGGUGUUUUGGGGAACUCUGACCCCACCUUGACAACAAUCUUUCCUAUCAUGCAAAAUGCCAUCGUUUAAAAGUGUCAGAAGUUGCGAUGAAGAAAACACGAGUUCGGCGAGAGCUUCCAAAGCACCAAAUCUACCGAGAAGUAUUGUACGAUAACGCAUGUAAAAUAGAUUCGACCUUGGAAGCAGUAUCCGGAUUAUGUAGAACAAAUUCACGAUACUUUGUUGAAAGAAGGUUUACGUGAUUUGUCCCAAACGCUACCAAUUCUUGCGAUGUUUGGAGUAGAUUCGAGAGGAAACGUCCUUCCGGCAUUUUAGUUACGAUUUUGAUCAUUUUUUUGCGCAUCACUAAAUAUUCGGGCUUUUCACGAGUCUGUUUUGGCAAUUUUUUGUUUUGGCAGGGGUGGGGUUUGAAGUAUGAGUAAUUAAGGGUGGUUCCUAUUUAUACUAGUAAUAGUUGACACUACAGCUGCCCCCGUUCUGUAUAUUGUCGGUCAAUAGUAUUCUUGGUCGUUGUGUGGCUCUUUGAAAAUAUACCGAUUCAUAAUGAAGAUUUUUACACAUAUUCCAUACAAUAGGUGAGAUAAAUACAGGAAACACAAGGUUCCAUGCACAGUUUCAGCUCGAUUUACACAGCUUUGAUCAAAACAUUCUCAGUUUCGAGGAUAGUUUAUUCUAAACCCGAUAAGAAAAGUUUUAUAGAAGUUGAAUUUUUCGCUAUUUCUCUUUCACUUUUUACAUUCAGUUCAUUUUAUUUCAGUUUCAUCCAUUCACUCUCGCACAUUCUAGUCUUGUUUGAAACUUUAUAACGCAAGGACAUCUGUGAGCAGGGAAUAAGUCAGUACAGAAUUUGAUUGUUGGGGAAUUUCUGUAAUCGUGCUAGUGAUAAACUAGCUGUUGUUCACUCGUCUUGCUUGUUUGGGGCUGAGUCUUAUUCCGGUCAAAGAGAGAGAAAGAGUGUCUGGCAAGCUUUCCAAUAUAAAUCAAAGAUUUGUGUACUCGUGUCUGACUCUCCAAGUGUUUAUAUAUACACAGUUAAACGCACCUUAUAACCUCAUCUGCGCUUAACGAGUGUCUUUUGGUGCAUAACUUUCAAAAUAAGAAUUACUUCGUGAAUUUUACCGGGGCCACUUUUGUGUUGGCAACCCACGUGGAAGGGUCGUUUUCAUCAACAAGUUUGUCGGGCGACAUGAAAAUCUUUUUUAUUGCAAAUAUUCUUUAGAGAUGAAAACAAGGUGUAAUGAAUAAUGUGAAAAGAGAAAAUGUUAGGGAAUCCCCAAUUUUGAACAGUUGAGAGUUUUCGCAUGUCGCUAACGUGAUACAGAUCUAAAGAAACAAUCACCUGCACCGCCAACAUCUAUUGAUUGUAAACCAAGUUCACCUAAUCUUGACUUCAUCAAAUUCUCAGAAGAAAUAGGAGAGAUCAACCGCAUUGUUGAGCUGUGAUUUUGCAUAAAAGGUCUAAUUAUUACUUCAUGAUGAUCAGUGUUGUAUUGAUUAGGUCCUGGAUUCUUCUCAACAUCUUUACUUAGUUUGAAAUUCACAUAAUUGGUCAUAUGACUCACACAAUUGCAAGAAAACAAUGAUAAAUAUUGACGUGCUUUACAUUUUAGUUUCAUUAUCCUGUGAUACUGCCUGCUAGUAUAGAAAGACAACAAAUAAACUUUCUUGGCUAUAGCCAUUUUAUUGAAGUUAAUUAUCUUUGGAGCCCGUUUGUUAUUACAUUUAUAUCGUGCAUGAUAAAGUUUCCUCACCUUAUUAACAUAGCGAUGGAGCUUUGAAGACUUCAGUAUGUAAAUCGUUGAAAUCUUUUUGAAGACAAAUUUCUUCAACAUGCUAUUCUUGUUAAUUGAGACCUCUUAGAAAUAGUAGUCGAAUUCUGCUCGGUUCACGAGCACGUGUAGAUCGCCUUGUAGCACGUUUUUUAAGAUGAUAUAAAGCUAGCUUUGAUAAGUGUUCGCAUUGAUUCUCGAUAAAUUUCAUGAUGGAAGGUUCACUCAAUAUAGAUAACUUUGAUAAGUCGCUUAUUUUCUCGAUGGAAGGUUCACUCUUAAGCGAUCGCUCGUAAAUUUUUCUCUCCAAAUAUUCACUCUCAAGUUUUCGCUCAUAAACUAGUACAUCAUAAAGGUUGGGGAACGUGUCGUUCCCAAAAAGCUAUAAUCUUUCUCUUGACUCUCCUCCAUACCUCGUGCUUCUCAAAAUGGCAGAUAAGAUUUCAAUGAACCAGCGAUAUAUCUCAGCGAACUCUCCCAAAAGUAACGAGCCAGCGAUAUAUCUCAGUCAGCGAUAUAUCCCUAACAAUGUAACUUUGAAAAGACAGAAACGCGUUGCAUUUUAUGACCAGUGCCAGCCUUCGGCUAGGCCCCGGCAACAACAACUGCUCCACAGAAUGUCACUGCGUAACGCAAAAGGGUAACACUAUCGAAGUAUGACGGCACAAUAAAUAGCACAAAAUCUACCUGAGCGGUCCCUUUGGCAUUUUCUGUCUUUACGCCAUCCUAACCAUUUCGUACUUGUGGCGCAAACAAUAGAAACGUCAUCAUUACCUACCGAUUCCUCGCGGCCCCUGUUCAAGCAAAUCGAGAUUUUUUUUAUAUUGACUGUAUGACUGUAUAUUUCAACUGUAAGUACUUUCCUUAAGAGUGGCUGUCAGAGAAAACCGGGCAAAAUGUUAAAAAUGUCAACGGAAGGGGGUCAACAGAAUAAGUUCAUACUAACACCACAGAUAGGUCUGGUGGAGUAAUGGACAAAUAUAAUAAACAUAGGUUCUUCACUGCUCUUGUAUUAGAGAUACGAGCAUCACUUUAUUCGACUCCCUCGGACGCCAUUUUUAUAAGCAAAUUUUCACCAUUUUCUGAAACUCACAGAACCCUCAAAAUUUAACGAGCGAAGUUUAUUUUUUGCAUGCGAUACAAUACAUCACAGAACUACUUUCUAAAACCAUAAGAUUUGUUAAGCAGCCACGGACAAGACUAAAAUUUUCUUAUUUUAUCUGACCUAAACUCAGUGUCUGCAAACGAGCAAAAAAUCGAGCAUUUUUGAAUUGAUCUACAGCGCACAACUAAAACGACAGAACAACUCUGACAGCCAAAUUGCAGUCUACUAUCAUCCAUGUAACCAAAACACUAAUAAUCAUUUUGGGCCAUUGAAACAGGAAGAAAUUAGAAAACUCACAUUUGUUAUAGUUUCCAAGCUUUUUCUUGCAAACAGGCCGAUCCCUUCGUGUUUGUUUUAAGUCCUCUUCGUGAAUUUUCCUCCAUAUUUCGCUGUAAAGUAUGUUGAGCAGCUGGAGGAAAUAUCAAAAAGCUCGAAAUACUGCCUAGGUUACUUGUUCAAAGGGUAAAAAGUGCUGAACGAUAGGAUGAAACUAGAAAAUAACAAAGCGACGCCAUCUUGAAAAUUCAGCACUCAGGAGGGACUGGCACUAGUAGCUGCAUUCGAUAUCUAACAAAAAUUGCAAAUUUUACACGAGCACAUAGAAAACUAGCCUCCCCACAGACAGAAAUAAAUGCGUGACAAACGAACCCCAAAGGACGUCUGCGGGGAGGCUAAUAGAAAACCAAACCUAAUAUAGAAAUGUAACCAGAAAGCGUCGAAUUCAUGUUAGAAUUUUUCUUUAUCGAACGUGGGCUAUUACGAACUAUUACCAGGAGCCUAUGGGCUCCUGAUUACCAGUUAGAUAAAAAACAAAAAACAAACAAACCAGCUUAUCAGCGACCUACUCCAGUCUUAUUCCUUCUUCGAUUACUUCUUUUAGUUGAAUUUAGCUUUAGAAGAACGCCUGAUCGCAGGUUAAUUGGUGAUUAACUGGCAUUGCUUCAUUCCCUCCUCAUUUAGAGGUGUCCCGUGAAUGUAGGUAAUAUUCAAGAUCUAUUUUGUCCCUUUAUGAAUCACUUAACUUCGCUCUCAUGCGAGCUAGCUAGACUUGCUAUGUAUUAACCUCGCGAGUUUCGAAGCGUGCGGGCUAACCGCGGGCAGUGGAUAUUGCUUGCUGUAAAAUUUGUAAUAAUUUUUAUUACCAACUGUUUAUUAAAAUAAACAUAGUACAUACAGUUGAAUCAGUUCUGCGGAGAGGGCAUUUUAGGCCAAGAGAGCCAGUGGACGAAGUACUUUUUUGAAAGUAAGCCUUCUAACUGAUGAUCCCAUCACUGUCACUUCGCAUUUCCAUAAGGCAAUAGACCUUCGAAUGUUGACAAGAGCUGUCAAAAUAAACUAUUCCUAGCGUUUACCAGAAUAGAAUCUGGUAUACCGGAAGGAUCCCAAAGGAGCUUUUGUUAAAAAGUACCAUUAAAGGAGUUUUUACGACUCUCACUCCGCACCCCUUCCCCUCAUUGUUUUUCCUGCUCACUUCUUUUUCAGAAUGUUCUUUGCACAGUCCACACAAGAUAAACGCCACGUGUAGAGGGAACGCGCAAAUUCUCUUCCAGAUUGCGGUACUGUUUGCAGCUCAAAAACUUCACGGUUCCGCCGGUCGCAUGUAAAGAAAAGGUGGAUCCGUGCAAGUCUUUGGCCGUUCAAAAAUUUGCAAAAGGGGUCUGAGUGUUAACUCGAGUUGGAACUUUUUCCAUCACCGCUGAUAUUGAUCAUUGAUAGAAGUCGUACACCAGGACGUUUACAGCCACUACGUUCCUUUUAGUUUACUGGUGUAGCUGUGAAAGAAUUGACAUCUCCUGCAUCUCUUCGUCACUGGAUUUGUCAAAAACACUCUCACUACGUUGUUUAACAUAAGCAGUCCUUACAUUUAGAGAAAUUGUCAAGGUCUUGCCUUAAAUUCAGGGGAGGCAAUGAUGACAGAAAUGGAAUUUAUUCAUCUCCUAGGGAGAUAUUUUCCAACGCCAUUUCGAUUGUUAAUCUUUUCCACGGCGCUGUUGCAAAAAAUGCGCGCGAUUCAAACGAGAUAGCACAAAAUGUGCUAAAAUUAGCAAAUUUAAUGGCUAUGACAUAUAUUUCAGGGGCAACCAACGACAAUUUUCGGAAAAUAUCUAUUCGGAAGACGAUUUGCGAUCUAGAAUUUACGGAACAUUUCAUUGUAAAGUUCCUUGCUUGCCUGCCUCUCCUAGGAUUUUCGAACAUGUAAAAAAUGGUAUAAUUGCCCAUUUUUAACGGAUUUUUACCCUUAAAAGGUCACCUAGAAUUUUCGGAAGCCUUUUUUCUGGCUGAAAUUUUCGAAAAGAUAAGUUUCGAUUCCUAUAAUUUUCGGAUCACUAGACUUUCAGCUAGGAAAUCCGAACAGAUGAAAAAUUUCUAGGGGAUAAAAAUAUGCCUAUAUCUACCGUUUAAAUACUAAAAUACGUUUAACAAUGCUAUGUUUAAGUGGUUUUGAACUAUCUUCUCGUUGGGUGCCCCUGAUAUUUCGAUGAAGUCAACCCCAUCCCUGGAAAAGGUAUCCAGUUACGGUCUACUACCCCGAUUUAGAUAAAUAUGGCUCAUGGUAGAGUAUAAAAACGUAAUUUUGUGCUAUUUCGCAGCGUAAUUAGCGUUGCUAGAUAAGUCUGUCCGCCAUCAGGAGCCCGUAAACCACAAUUAAAACCAAAAAAUGUAUGAGUAAAGACUACACAUCAAUAUUAAUAUUAAUCUUGUAAAAAUUCCAGUAUGAGCCAUUAAAAUUGUUGAAUGACCUUCUUCACCUCAGACAUUCGUGUCAGUCAAGCGUGAAUCGAAGUCCCUCAUUUUGCCUUUUUGUUCAAAAAAACCUCUGACCUAGCAGCCCAGCUGCAUCUUGCGCCCAUCAUCUGCCCCCAAAAGGCGAGGAUCUGCCUCCUUUUUCAUAGGAAAUUCAUAAAUUGUCUACUAAAACACUGUGCAAUAUGGAAGCAAGGCUAAUCUAAGCACUAAGAGCUGCUCAGAUAUCUCAUAAUUGGAAAAAAAAAACUAGUAAGAGAAAUUGCUCAGAAAUUAUGCAAAAACUUGCUUGAAACGCAAAAAGUUGCUCGAAAUACUAGAAGCUGCCAAAAAGUUGCCGAGCAACUUGUGGAAAGCCCUAGGGAGAAGCGGAGGGGGGGUGGGAGGCUACUCAAUAAAGCAUUGUUCGGAGAGGUUUCGCCCCGAGGUCCAGUCCCUUACCCUUAUAUAUACUGUUUUUGACAAAAGGUACCCCUUUCGUGUAUCUUCCAUUAAAAAGUUGUACCCUUUUCAUAUAUAUGCUUCGUGAGAAUAAAUCGGUAAGAAAGGAGGUCUUCGGGCCAUUUUCGUGUAACCUUUAACUGAAUUAACAUGUAAAUGAUAUUGCCAUAAGGCGUGUUUCUUCGAAGUAUUUAAUAAAAGGCCCUUUAAAAUACUUAAUGAAAGAUUUUCCUCUCCUUUCACAUACUUCAACUUGUGAUUUCCCUACCCUUUGUUACAUCUGAUGCUUGAAAGAGGUACCAUUCUGGCGAAGCCUUCCGGACUGUGAAAAGCGCAUCAUGAAAUCAUGAACAGGAGAUGAGUGGACCUUCAGACAUGGACGGUAAUUGAAGGCUGACGCAAAAAUAGAUGAUACUAUAAAGAUUCCAAAGAAAGACUUAUACUGGAUAACUCAAAAGGAAGUGAAUGAAGAGUAAAUGAAGACUGACUAAAGUCAUGCCAGUUGGUCAUCUUCACCACACCCUAUCACUCCACCCAAAAAAAAAAACGACAACACAAAAAAGCUAAAUUUAAGUAAAAGUAGUUAUUGAAGAAGAAAUAGGACUGUAGUAGGUAACUGAUAAGCCGGUUUGUUUGUUUGUUUUUGUUUUUUAGCUAUUUGGUAAUUCAUCACGUUGCGGACAAGACAGCUACUAUAUUCUAGUGCCAGUCCCUCCUGAGUGCUGAAUUUUCAAGAUGGCGUCGCUUUGUUAUUUUCUAGUUUCAUCCUGUUGUUCAGUACUUUUUGCCCUUUGUACAUGUAACCAAGGCAGUAUUUCGAGCUUUUUGAUAUUUCCUCCAGCUGCUGAACAUACUUUACAGCGAAAUAUGGAAGAAAAUUCACGAAGAGGACUUAAAACAAACACGAAGGGAUCGGCCUGUUUGCAAGAAAAAGCUUGGAAACUAUAACAAAUGUGAGUUUUCUAAUUUCUUCCUGUUUCAAUGGCCCAAAAUGAUUAUUAGUGUUUUGGUUACAUGGAUGAUAGUAGACUGCAAUUUGGCUGUCAGAGUUGUUCUGUCGUUUUAGUUGUGCGCUGUAGAUCAAUUCAAAAAUGCUCGAUUUUUUGCUCGUUUGCAGACACUGAGUUUAGGUCAGAUAAAAUAAGAAAAUUUUAGUCUUGUCCGUGGCUGCUUAACAAAUCUUAUGGUUUUAGAAAGUAGUUCUAUGAUGUGUUGUAUCGCAUACAAAAAAGAAACUUCGCUCGUUAAAUUUUGAGGGUUCUGUGAGUUUCAGAAAAUGGUGAAAAUUUGCUUAUAAAAAUGGCGUCCAAGGGAGUCGAAUAAAGUGAUGCUCGUAUCUCUAAUACAAGAGCAGUGAAGAACCUAUGUUUAUUAUAUUUGUCCAUUACUCCACCAGACCUAUCUAUGAUGUUAGUAUGAACUUAUUCUGUUGACCCCCCUCCGUUGACAUUUUUAACAUUUUGCCCGGUUUUCUCUGACAACCACUCUUAAUAUACGCGCGAGUUACUAGAGUGCCUCCUCGGGAUUUCGCCUUCUGGGCGAAAUCCCUGCGGGGGUAACAAACCAUCUGGGUGGAAAUCUUGUGCAUAAAAACGAGACUAUAAAAUUUGACAUCUUGGGAGAACGACAGGCUACACGGCUGUUAUUUCCUGAAGCUUCCCAAACGAAACGGUGCAAACCAUUUGAUUUUCCAACCGCAAUUUCCAUUUCUUCCAUGUACGGUAAGGGUAAGAAGUAUCCAGACUCGUUGAGACCCCGCGCGCGCCUCAACCUAAUUCCCAAUCUUCUCUCACCCCAAAAAACACUUAAAUAGCGACUGGGUACGAGUCUGAGGAGUAUAAUUCCCAAACCCGUAAGCACUGGGGUCGAGAGUGGCGGCCGCCAUUGAUGAAUGGCGUUGACAACGAAUGCGCAAGUCUAGGGAUUUAUAUCAAGCAUGGGUUUUAUCAGUCGCAUUUCUUACCUGUGGAUAUUUCUUUGUUCAGCCUGUUUUAUUUAUGUAUACUUUGUUAUUAAUUACGAACUGUUUGGAUCUCGUCGGCGGGCGACCCAUUAUUUGAGGUAAGUACUAGAUUUAACAUUUUGUUAUAUCAUACAUCGAGAAUACCGACCUUAAGUUUAGGUGGACCGCUACAUUGGGGACGGUGACUUUGGCCGCGACAGGUUGGGAAGGGUCCUCGUCGACAUGGCGAAAGAAACAAGCUUUAAGUUUCAGUGGAGGUGACGGUCAAAGACUUUUCUUAACUUUAUUGAAGGUUUGAGAAUGAGUUCCCUGAAAGAGAAAGAGCUUUUGGUCGACUUUUAUAAUUAUGAUGGUGUCAUAUCACAUGAGAAAUUCGUUCUCCUGUACGAUGAAAUCUAGUUGACCGCUUUGUUGCUUGAAGGUGAUUGUUCGUCGCUCCACUGAGCGUAUUGGCGAUCUACGUAUUGCCAAAUUUUCGCACGCUUCACAGUUCUUACGGCUGGAAUUCGAGCCUACACAGCUCCAGGCUUGAAGCGGUAGGGCUCAGUUACAAGAACUUCUUUAGCAAGCUGAAUAUCGUGAUCUUCAGUCCACUCCAUCUUCAUUAAAAUAAGAACAAAUUAUUCAAUAGGAUUGACAAGUUGCGCGCAAAAAUAAACAAGUUCCUUCAUCCUGCUUUAUAAAGGGCUUUAUUUUGUCGAAUAAAUGUUAAGCAAUUAACACGUAAUUUCAUUUUGUCCUUCAACUUAAGCAGAAAAAAUGAACUAAAAACUUCGUGAAUGGAAAAAAGGGUAAAAGUCGAUGUUCAGAUGGUGAGAGAAUACCUAAAUGUGAUUAUUUUAUCGCUGGGAAUUCUAAUCCUGCAGUUGUGCCACUUUCUGCUGUUAUAUUUUGAUUAUAUCAUAAAAUAUUGUUUAAGUAAGUAAUUGAAAAAGGUUUACCAUUUGAAGUAAACUAGACACUCUAGCAACAGAUUAAAGCGGUAUUCUGUUAAAAUGAAGAUGUUUUGAAGACGAAAACAGGAAGAAAAAGCUCACAUUCUCGAGACACCGCCGCACUCAGCUUUUUCACCGUCGCGACGUGCAGACGACGUACAGUCGGGGGACAUAAGUAUUCGUCACCUUCAAUAUGGCGGCGUUUGUUUACAUUUUGCGCUAGUUUUAACACCAUUUGCGGCAAACCUAACUUUAAAAUCACCUUAAUAUUUGGUGAGAUGACCCUUCAUUUCAAUUACAUGAUUUAGGCGGUCAGGUAUGGACUGGUAAAGGUUUCUUAUAUAAUCCAAUUCGAUGUUCCGCCACACGCUCUGGAUUUCAAGCAGGAGAUCAUUUUUGGUAGUGAUAUCUACCGCGGACUUUUGUAGCUCUCUCUUCUUGUAGAGACAGAUAUUUUCUAUUAUAUUUAAAUCUAGUGAUUGUGCUGGCUAUUCCAUUGAGGUUACUUCGUUUUGAUCGUUAUAAUUUUCUACAGUGUGGCCUCUCUGAACAGGCGCAUUGUCAUCCAUGAACAAGUAGUCUUUUCCUUCAAAAUACCAGACAACUACCGGCCAUAAGUUCUUGUCUAGGAUUUCAAUGUACUUGGCAGAGUUGAUGUUGCCUUCAACUGCAGUCAGAGUUCCAACACCAUCAUAACAAAUACAUCCCCAGAUCAUCAAACUUAUCUUUCGUUCAGAGCGAGAACAGAUAAGAUGUGGGUUGUACUUUUCGUCGUCUUUUCGCCAAAUGUCAACACGGUUGUUUGUACCGAGCACAAUCUGACUUUCAUCUGAAAAUAUUUCUUUUUUCCAGUAGUUGUCUACUGUCCGACCUCUUCGCUCUUUACACCACUUAACCCGCUUUUUUCGAUUCGCUUCCCGAAGCACCAUUUUCUUUUUCGCUCUUAAACCUUCUUUUAUAUCCUUCCGAAUGCAACACCCUUUCCACGGUUUUCUGGCUGAAAGUAUUUGUUUUGCACUCGUUUAGCGUUGCAGUAAUGUCCUGUAAGGUAAGUCGUCUGUUACUUUUAACCAAACGCUUUAAAGCAUUUCUGUCUCUAUUUGUGAAGCUCCUUUUCCUGCCACUUCGCGUCAAAGUCUCCACUAUGCCAAUCCUUCGGUACUUGCUUAGAACGCUCGUGAUAGUCGUUCUUGCAAUGUUAAGGUGGCUCCGUAAUUAAUACAAGAGCAUUUUGCUGUGACAAAUUUUCGGUCAUAACUUUUUGGUUUUUAACGCGAUGGCUGCGAAACUUUACAAAAAGCAACAGAUAUCAUUCGGCAAUAAUACGAAAUAUUCCGAUUUCAUUGAUGGUAAAUAUUUCUUGAGAAAUUAGCGCUUAAAAGAACCCUACUGUUCAAAGAAAAUCGCGUCUAGUAAAAAAAUUUGCUGAUAUUUUUUAGUGAAAUUUCUGGUAUCGGCUUUAAUUGAUACAAUAAAUAUGCCAGAGGAAUUUCAGAAAAAUCGUUGAAGCAGAAGUCCGUAACUAAAAGUCGCUCAAAAUUCAGCUCUGAAAUUGUUUUGGAAUUUCAAAAAUAAAUUACUAUCAGGUAGAAGGAGCCACCAGUUUGAAUUUUCGGGACAAGUAAAUUCAACGUUUGCUAAUUCUUAAAACAAAAGCCGAUUGCCUAUCGUGCUAUUCUUUAAAAGGUACUUUUUAGUUUUAGAAGAUUUAUAAAUUGCUCCCAAACUUGGUCUGAACUAGAAUGACUUGUUCUUCGACAGUUUUAAAAUAUCCCUUGGCAGUUUUGGCUCAAACUCCCGCUGCAUACAUUUUGAUGUAUUGCAAUGCAUUUUCAACGACUUUUACUGCUGUUCGUUGCUUCCAACUCAGGAAAAAAGUAUUGACAUUGGACGCUACCUCGUAUCAGAGCUCAGAAAGAACUGUCCAGCACCUUUGUUUAUGACUACAAAAUGAGCACGAGCGGCAGUUCUGCGAGGAAUUCGCACCUCACCCAGGGGGGACGAACGACAGUGAUGACCAUGCCUGUAAACCGAAUAACAUCACAGUGCAAAAUAAAAUUAUCCCUAAAAUACUGCCCGUGAAUAAAUUUACAACUCGGAAAUUUUUGUCACUCCUUCCUUCAAUGAAUGGGUAUUUUUUUCUUGAUUAUUAUGUUUUGGUCUGCAAUACAUGUUUAUACGGAUCGGUUCACAUACAUGGGCAUCAUUGUCAUUCGUCCCCCCUGGCUGAGGUGCGAAUUCCUCGCAGAGCUGCCGCUCGUGCUCAUUUUCUGGUCAUAAACAAAGGUGCUGGACAGUUCUAUCUGAGCUUCGAUACAAGGUAGCUUACAAUCCCAAUACCUUUUUCCCGAAUUGGAAACAACGUACAGCAAGAAAAGCCGUUGAGGAUGCAUUGCAAUACAUCAAAAUGUAUGUAGCGGGAGUUUGAACCAAAACUGCCAAGGGAUAUUUUGAAAUGUCGAGGAACAAGUCAUUCGACGUCAGAGCAAAGUUUGGAGCAAUUUAUAGUGCUUCUAAAACUGAAAAGUACCUUUUAAAGAAUAGCACGAUAGGCAAUCGGCUUCUGUUUUCAGAAUUAGCAAACACUGAAUUUACUUGUCCCGAAAAUUGAAACUGGUGUCUCCUUCUUCCUGAUAGUAAUUUAUUUUUAAAAUUCCAAAACAAUUUCAGAGCUGAAUUUUGAGCGACUUUUAGUUACGGACUUCUGCUCCAACGAUUUUUCUGAAAUUCCUCUGUCAUAUUUAUUAUAUCAAUUAAAGCCGAUACCAGAAAUUUCAGUAAAAAAUAUCAGCAAAAUUUUUUACUAGACGCGAUUUCUUUGAACAGUAGGGUCCUUUUAAGCGCUAAUUUCUCAAGAAAUAUUUACCAGCAAUGAAAUCGGAAUAUUUCGUAUUAUUGCCGAAUGAUAUCUGUUGUUUUUUGCAAAGUUUCGCAGCCAUCGCGUUGAAAUCGAAAAAGUUAUGACGGAAAAUUUGUCACAGCUAAAUGCUCUUGUAUUAAUUACGGCGCCACCUUAAACAUUCUUGACAGUUCCGCUUUGUUUUGCACGGUGCGGUCCGGAAAAAAAUCUUGUCGAGUCAAGAUGACAGUUUUAUUGUCUUUUGAAGAAAAAACAGAUGACGCUCCAGCGUGCUCAUAAUCGGGACACUGUCCCUUUAAUGUUGAAUGACUGAAUAAGCGAGGUGUCAAAACACAAACAGCUCUUAUUUCUUUUCUUUCGGGAACUAUGCAGUGUUUUUCGUGCUCUUGGUCGGAUGUUUCUUUCUUUCUAUUUUUGCUAAUUUAAUCCCGCCUUUAUUGACCAAACGCGCGCCCUACAUCAAGCUUUCCUGUUGACAGUGCGCACAACGGGGUUAAAAUUUCGCGCGUCUUUUUUGGAAGUGACGAAUACUUAUGUCCCUUGACUGUAGGUUGGAUGGCUGAGAUGUAUGCUAAUUAGCCCCAAAUCGGGCAACUUUUAUUUCCGGUUGCUGUCCUCCACCUUACCGUCCACCCUAACUUAAGGUCCGUAAUAGCUUAUGUACGUCAUAUGGGAAGUUUGACUAGAACCAAGAUUGUGCUUAGGGUCGGUCGCCUUUUCUCGCGUGGGGGUAAUUUUCUCGCGCGCUCGCGUUUCGCUCGCUCUACUAUCCCUGAGGAAAAAUGGGGGACUACUCGUAGUCUAUAGCGCGUGGGUCAUAUCGCGGGUACUCUGUUGGAGUUUCACGCGUCUCCUCAAGCAAGGGGAAAACAAUACAUGUAUAACAAUAAUGCACUGUUGACAUUCCUGAAAGGUCAAUGUGACGCAGUGUUCGAUUAGAUCAUUCGUUGCAUGAAUGAUGCCCUACUAGUCAGUAAAAAAAACCACUUCUUAUACUAACAAGACGCCUAAAGUCGUUUCCGUGGGAUGCGUUGGUCUAUGGAAGAAUAAUGGCGUUCUAUCUGAAUUUGGAAAAAUUAGGGAAACCGGAAAGAUGUGUCAUGUUAUGAGCAUCGAUGAGUAGGUUACCUGUAUGGGUUGGUUUAAUGUGCUUAUGACUGAAUUUAUAGUAGCCUGCGUGGCAGGCUACUAUUUCUCCCAAAUCCACAUCCCCUUUUUGCUUCAUCCCUAUCCCCUACCCCUUUCGACACCUGCUACGCAAGCUAAAUUUAUAGUUGUCAGUGAGUCGCAAGGAUGGAGUUGAUCUUGUUUUGAUCUAUCGCUAUGUAGUUAUUUUCAUAGCACGAUUUGGAUAAGAAAAAGAAGUUAUUUUGCAUCAAAACAAGGUCACAAAGGCCAUAAAAUGUCACGGAUGGAAGAGGGAGAGAAUUGGAGUAAACUGGGUAGCUUGGGAGGGCGAGUUUCAACAUUGACUCUAAUAUUGGAAGGUGAGAUGUAGUUAAUCGCCUUUUGGUUGGAGUAAAUUUCAACCCAGUGCUCUUUUAUUAAAAAGGAUUUUCCGGGAUUGAAAUGGGGUUGGUAUUGUUAAGGAAGGGUAGUCAAUGUUUCAUAGGUCCCGUGUUCACCCCAUUUGACCCUCCAACAUGUGUAAUUAUAGUAAAAGGCUGAUAGGUGUGAUAGUGAAUAACUGAAGGCGAAUAUGCAGCUAACACAUGCUUUCUUUAAUGUGUAAUAAUAAUUACUUGUGAAGUUUGUCUCCAUAUCUAACUCACCAUUUUCAGUGAGAGCGCACAAUAUAGAAUUUUCAAAAAAUGAAUCCAACGGCUCCCAUCAGUUAAAAUGACGGUAGGUCAAGUUUUCGUAGUGAAAUGCUAGGGUAUAAAUAAGCCCGUUCGUAAACAUUUUGCGGACGUGUUCUAGGCACACUGAACCAAAAAUCAAAGGACUAAAUCAAACUCAACUUCAGAGGAAUUCCCUAUAUAGAACGACCCCAAAGGCUUACAUGUCCAGUUUUUGUAUGCGAGGUAAAGAGAACUCUGUGUCAUGACUGGAAUGUUUUGUUUGCGUGUUCUGUCGUUAGUCAUGCAACAUGUGAGUUAGGGUAGAAAAAAAUGACGACCACUUUUGCGCCGAUUGCUGUAAAAAAUAUAAGUGAUUUAGGCAUUCAGUUAGUGAUUCGAAUAGGUCUAUUUGUUUUCCAGGCCUAAUGUACUACUAAUGUACACCAUUCUUGGCUGGCCUGAGAAAUUUCACAUUUUCCAUCCGCUCCGUAUGUUUGGCAAAGCUCCUGAUAUACUCUGCAGUCAUGCAAGAUUUAAUAAGAAACCAAUAAACUGGCUUUUUCCACGAAAAACUAGCAAGUACGUCACAAUUCUUAGAAACCCUGAAGACAACUACGAGUCUGUUUUCAACUUUGCUCAGCUGGGAAAAUCGUUUGGUUUGGGAGCUGCGCCCGAUUCCUUGGAAAAAUUUCUAGAUAAACCAAUACAAUCUUAUAACCAUUCUCGCAAGGAUAUGAUGAUGUAUUUGGCACGAAAUCCCAUGAUGUUUGAUUUGGGAUUUAGUUUUGAGUAUUUCCAAAAUCUCACAGCCGUUAAAGAGUACAUUCAGUUCCUAGACAAGGAAUUUGAUCUUGUCAUUAGGACAUUUUGUACGUAA